GGUCUGGUCGGGCUCUAUGCUGUUCAAUUUCAAAGCCUGUAACAAUUAGAGAAACCGUCAGCGAAUAGAAUGGGUCGUUGCGGGCCGCGGGGCCACUGUGUUGGUUUUUUCUUGGCGCGGCUCAAAUAAUAACUAUAAUAAAAACAAAAACAUCAACAGAAAACAUGGUAGCUUUACGAUCUGAAUUCCUCUAAACUGAAUAUUAAUUUUUUGUUUUGCUUUUUUCCAUAACUUAAACAAACUGAGCAUGCCUCCACGAAAACGGGCCCGGACAUCACAAAGAGCUCCACAUACAUCAUCAUCGGAUGGAAACAAGGGUCCAUCGGAUCAAGCAACACCGAAAUCUGGCCAGCCAAAGAGUCAACAAACACCACCGUCACCGCCGAAUAGGAAACGUCAGCAGACACAGCCGGCACCGCCGAAUAGGAGCGAAGGUCACGUGGACAGCCCGGGACAAUCAGUUAAGCUGACCAAUGUUUGGAUAAAAGGGUCCUCCCUAAUAAAAGGAGCGUACCAUAGACUAGCCUUUAGACCGGAUGGCAACAGUUUAGGUUUGCAACAUUAUAAUGUCAGGAUCACGUGGGAAUUUCUCAGUGGCAUGAGAAUUAGAGAUAUACGCAGGUCUGUACAAUAUUUACUACAAUUUAAAGAUGAACCAGACAUCAUUGUCAUUCAUUGUGGUGGAAAUGACAUAGGCACCAAAUCCACUUGGGACAUAACAUUCGAAUUCAAAAUGUUGAUAACUGAUUUCCUGCAGCCAUUACUGCCCAACACUAGGCUUAUCUGGUCACAAAUUCUUCCGCGCAGAACCUGGCGUUAUGUACCAUACACACCAACUGCGGAAAACAUUAGAAAACGUAUCAACAGUUCUCUCGCAACAUUUGUUAUUAGAAACGGAGGUGGCUAUAUAAAAUACGCUGACAUUUCUUUAGAAAAACAAUUUUUUCACACGGAUGACACUCAUUUGUCAGAACUUGGAUACGAUAUAAUGCUUAAUACACUGUCUUCUGCUCUGUACAAAAUAAUAAUUGAAGGAGAGAAAGUAUAUGCAUGUACAUAGUGUUACUCUAACUAAGGAAAACUGACUGUUGUUCUUGUUCCCUUUUCUGUUCAUCAGUCUAACUUAGUUAUAACUCUGGUUUUGACAGUUUAAUAAUAAAAAUGUUUGGCAAAAUUUCAAUUAAUAUAGUCCUGAUAAGCUAGCAAUGGUCAUGACCAGUUAUCUUGUUAAUAUCCUGCAGAUUCAUGCUAGUCCGCAGAUUUUGGCGGAAGGCUCACUCUUUAGCUAGUCUAAAUCGCGCCCCUUUUUGGCAUAAUACUAACAUGCAUCUGCAGAAUGUAUUCUGGGAUUUUCUACCGUAAUCGGGGAAAAUCUUAUUUUAUUAAAAUAUCUAUCAUUCAGUCAUGGCCAAAUUAAUGCCAAACCUUAGUUAAUUAAAAACGUAAAAAUGAAAA